CUCUGGUUCGACAAGAUGUCCGCUAUAGUAGCGAACCUCAGCCGCGUGUAUUCGCCGAUCAUGCUCAGCCAUGAGUGGCCGAAGCUUGGUCGGCUGCUCUUCACCGUUCUAUGCAGCGUUCUAGGUGUAUCUAUGAACGGCUUCUUCGUAGCUUCCUUCUUCGUUGAGCCUGGCCUGAACAAGAUCGGAUAUGUGUUUAUGGCGUGCUUAGGCAUGUCGGACUUGGUGAUAUCCACGGCCGUGCUUCCGACCUCGGCGGUGGUACUGCUGUCCGGCGAAUGGGACACGGAUCCGGUAUGCUACGCCCUCCAGUUCGUCACCGAGGCCGGGACUUAUAGCUACAGUCUAUUCUUCAUGAUGUCUGCGAUAGAGUCAUACUACAGACUCUGCAAAGCUACCUCAGACUACGAAUUCCUAAUCUCCAUGAGGAUCGGUCUCUUCACUGUCAUCCUCUUUACCAUCACAUUCCUCACCGCCGCCGUCGGAGUCUACAUGGAACUCGACUACGACUACUGCCAUCGCAGCCACGCGGGCAACUUCACCUUCAGGGUCACUACGUCUGUCAUCUUCUACAUUAUUCCAUUUGUCGUUAUUUUCUUCUGUCUCACUAACAACGCCUGCAGGAUUAGAAACAAAGCUAGAAAACAUAACCACUACAAACGCAGCCUACAAUUUGAGACUGAAACAACGACUAACAAUCUCAACAUUACCGCAUACUUCUUGUUUGUCGCGGCUUGGAUCCCAUACCUGGUCGUUGUGUAUCUGUAUCCCGACACUACCGACUCGAAAUACUAUCAAAGCGUUUGGAUUGGCAUCUUCCGAUCUGUGGUCACGAGCUUUCUCUACGGAUCCAUGGACAGACAUUUCAGGCGUGCUUUUGCGCACUUGUUCAAUUAUUGUUGCUGCAAAAGCACCCUUUCCGGGUCGUUCGCCGGUCGGCACAGGCGGGCUUUGGAGUGCAAGGCUGUAGGUGAUGUGAGGGUGCACAUUAUGCACCAGGCCAUGAACGCCAACAGCCCUCAGCGCGGAGCGUCAUCGUCCCGGGAGACGCAAGAAUUAUGAUGCCUCUAAGCUGAUUUCGUCGACGGCUUGAGAGGGUGGUCAUCUUUCUACUUUGGAUAGGUUUUGACAAGUGUCGAGCUCAGAGCUUGACGUAAAAAGGCUUUAAAAUUUAACCAUGACCACCCACUACACCAGAGCUUUACUAUACCUGAUUUUUUUGCAAUUUCUUUUUGCAUUUAACUUUAAUGGGUAAUUGUAGAACAAAGUGAGAAACAUUAACGCAAGCAAGGGAUUUUUUAUAAAAAUGUACAUAUAAAAAAAACUAAACAAAAAAAUAGAAUGGUAUACCCAUUGUAUUAACAUGUAAAUACUUUACGAAUUCAAAAAUGUUAACCUUUAAUGGUUUAAGAGCUUCAAGUGUUGAGUCUGUAUAUGUUUAAUAAUAUGUUAGCAUAAGACGCGCCACUUUUACUUUUUCUGUUGUUAUUUUAAACAAAAAAACUAUUAUCGUUUUAGUAUUUGACAAAUUAAAUAAGUAUUUAUUUUAAUUUGUGGACUUUUAUAAUCCUCGUCGGCGGAUUUGUAGGUAAACAAUAAAUAAUCAAUCUUUACGGUCAUUGACUAGAUCGGAAAGAUUCAACUAAUUAUCUGACGUAUUUGUGUAAAUAACUAUAUUUACUCGUAUAUUUACUUGGGUCCUAAUGUGGAUACAUAUGUAUUUACAUAUAUAUGGAUGCUACUUUUGUAAAUAAAUGUCCAAAUCUACUGCUAAGUUAAGACUGAACACUAAACCCAAUCAUUCAAAAAUCAAACUUUCUUGAAGAAAGACUUGGUACCUAUUCCAAUUUAUAUUUUGAGUCUUUUAAAACUCUAAUUUAAAAAGCAGCAUAAGCCAGACCUAAAUAGUUUAAA